AUGGAUGGUGCUCCGCCCCCAGAAGAGGAUUUCUCUGGAAUACCGAUUGGAGAGAGACUGGUGCAUAAGAAUUGGAAGGCUCGCGUGCAUGGAUAUGAGGCACUCGUGAAGGUGUUCCAGGCGACUGCGUCAGAGGAUGAUCCUGCUUUCCGACCAUACAUCUCGAACUCGGAUCUAUUGAAAAAGAUUGCUACUGAUGCCAAUGCCGUUGCUCAAGAGAAGGGCCUGGAAGCCAUAUUAGCACUUGUGGAAUUCGCGGGAGAAAGUGCUGCCAGAACUAGAGAUGCGGUAAUCCCAGCACUGGUAGACAAGUGUUAUGGAUCGGCUCGCGCUGGGACAAAGACCAAAGCCAUCGAACUUACCCUUCGAUAUGUGGAAAUCGACAAUGGUGGCGAGGCAGUUGUGAAUGAUCUCAUACCUGGGUUGAGUGCCAAGCAGCCGAAGACAGUGUUGGGCACAGUCACUGCCCUGCGUGAAAUAAUUAGCGCAUACGGCCCCAAAGUAGUCCCCCCGAAGAUGGUACUAAAGAAUUUGCCCAAGAUUUUUGGACAUACCGAUAAGAACGUACGAGCAGAGGGCACGGGGCUUACACAGGCCCUUUACACCUAUCUGGGCCCAGCACUCCAACCUUUCCUAUCCGAGCUUAAGCCCGUUCAGAUCAAGGAACUGACCGAAGGGUUCGAGGCGUUGGAUAAGGAAUCGAAAGGGCAGGGUACUGGUGCCCAGACCAGAUGGACAAAGGCUCAGGCGAGAGAGCGUCAAGCUGCUGCAGAACGAGCUGAAGAGGCCGAGGAAGCUGGUGGUGAUGGUGGCGGGGAGCCCGAAGCUGCUGUCGAUCCAAUGGACUUUAUUGAGGCAGCCGAUAUUAUGCCCAAAGUACCGAAUAAUUUUCAAGAAGCGAUGGGUUCCUCGAAGUGGAAAGAUCGGAAAGAGGCAUUGGAUGCUUUACUCGAAGUGCUCAAGGCCACUCCGAAAGUCGCGGACUCAGACGGGCAUGGGGAAUUGGCAAAGGCCCUCGCCAAGAGGAUGUCCGACGCUAAUAUCAUGUGUGUCAUUGCAGCGGCGAACUGCAUUGAAGCAUUGGCCAAAGGUGUAGGGAAGUCGUUUGGUCGCCAUCGUGCCUCUUUGAUCAAUCCGAUGCUCGAACGGCUAAAGGAGCGUAAAGCUAAUGUGACGGACGCAAUCGGCUCUGGGCUAGAUGCUGUUUUCGCAACGACAACGUUACCGGAGGUGACGGAAGACAUACUAAAUUCCCUCAAGUCCAAGAAUCCACAAGUCAAAGAAGGGACGCUGAAGUUUUUGAACCGUUCACUCGCGACUACUCGGAUUCCGCCUGCCAAGGAUGACGUCAAGCCUCUUUCUACGCAGCUCGCAGCUCUACUCGAGGAUAGCGACGAAAAGGUUCGUACGGGUGCAGCAGAGGGCUUAGGCCUCACCAUGAAGAUCGUUGGCGAGCGUGCGCUGAAUCCUGUAAUGGAGUCUAUGGAUGACAUUCGUAAAGCCAAAGUCAAGGAGGCUUUCGAAAAGGCGCAGGUAAAGUGCAAGGCAACUGCUGCCCCACCGCCCAAACCCCCACCAGCUGCGGUUGCACCCCCAAAGGUACUGGCCUCGCUCAUUAGCAUUCCAGACAUGGUAUUUGAUGACGUUCCACCCAAAGACUCCCCUGUAGCCAAAAAGCCCGAUAUCAUCGAAGAGAUGGCUCCACCGAAGGCCAAGGUUCCUGCGCGAUUCCUGAAAAAAGGCCCUGCUGCUGCCGCUGAAAAACCUCCAGCUGAAAAGUCUACAGCACCAGCGCCGGCGGCCUCCAAAAAACUCCCCCCUGCUGUUACUGCUGCCUCGGCAAAAUCUGCUAAGGCUACUCCUGCUGCUGCCACGGAUACAUUUAAGUAUAAAUUCACUCCCGAGGAUGCGGACGCUCGUUCGUCCGAGCUAAUUCCGGCUCAGAUACAGACCGAUCUCUCUGACGCCCAGUGGAAGGCUCGCCUUGCGGCAUUAGAAGAGAUGUCCACCUGGCUGGACGAAGCCAGGAUGGAACGAGAAAAACUUCCAAGUCUCCGCAAAAGUGUAUGCGUUAAUGGCAAUGCUUGCCGAGCGUUCCUCUACGUUCUCCAAGGGUCUGCGGCACUCGCGAUUCCUCAUCUUGCUGAGAAACUUGGCGACGCAAAAUUAAAGAAACCAGCAGGAGACCUGCUAUCAACAUUCGCGGAAAAAACAUCACUAUCAUUCGUUCUAAGCCAAGCAUACGACUCGAUUUCCAAGCAGAAAGCCCCAAAAGUGGUCGCUGACUCGUUGACUUGGGUAAAACAGGCAUUAACAGAUUUCGGCAUCGCUGGCUUGUCGAUGAGGAGCUUGAUCGAUUUUUUGAAAACCUGCCUCCAAAACUCUAAUGCUGCCGUUCGCUCGAGUGCUACUGCCACAUUAGUCACCGUAAGACUCUUUGCCGGGACUGCAAUCAAGGACUUUAUGGAAGAUCUCAACCCACAACUACUGGCUACGAUUGACUCAGAAUUUAGCAAGGUUGACGGUCAGUCCCCACCAGAGCCAACGCGUUUCUCGGCCGACGUCGCCGCUGCGCCUACAAGCGGGUCGGCUGGCGGUGGUGGCGGCGAUGUGAUGGAUGAGCUCUUCCCCAGAGUCGACCUUGAUAAACUUGUGGGAGCAACCUCCAUCGUCACCGACGCCAAGAGUGACCAGUGGAAGGUUCGCAAAGAGGCUCUCGAACUACUACAAUCGAUUUUGGACACCAAGGCAAACCAACGACUGAAACCAAACAUGGGCGAGAUUGGACAAGUUCUAAAGGCUCGGGUCGCCGAUACGAACAAAGUUGUUCAAGCUCUUGCACUGGAUAUCAUCACUCGUAUCAGCAACGGCAUGAACAAGCCAUUCGAGAAAUACACCAAACUCCUUACUCUACCUGUUGCCACUGUUUUAUCUGACCAGAAGGCGAAUGUGCGUGCCCUUGGAGUUUCUACGUUGAAUGCCAUGGCCACCGCGUGCGAAGGUCUUGACUCAAUGUGCGGUUCACUUGGUACUGCGUUAGAAACCGGGAACCCUGUUCAACGUGGUGCACUUUUGGGAUGGCUCGCUGAUUGGUUCAAGACGCACGAACCAAGUAAUUCUCUAGAUCUUACAUCUUGGGCCUCUCCGAUUGUUUUAUGUCUCGAGGAUAGAAACGCGGACGUCCGAAAGGGUGCUCAAGCCGUUUUGCCCAUUGUGAUAGCGCGCGCUGGCUACGAUUAUGUCCUCAACCAAACUAAUUCACUCAAACCUGCCUCGCGCUCGACAGUUCUACCUCUCAUACAAGCCGCUCGUGGCUCCGCUGCUGCUGCUGCCCCCGCCGCUCCCGUUGCCCCCGCCGCUCGUCCUACCACCAAACCUGCCGUCAAAGUCGCUCCAGCUGCUGCGAAAGUGGCCGCUGCAGUCGAAUCCCCCCCUGCAUCCCCUGCUCAAUCUGGGGCUCCGAAAUCUGCUAUCUCUGGACGUGCCCCUGGUGGAACUGGGCGACGCAUGAUGCCUUUGAAUGCUGCCGCUCGAACUGAUUCUCGUGCAGAGACGGAGGAGCGGCCUGGAUCCUCUGCGAGCAUCCGAGCUCCGUUGAAGGCCGGAGCUCUGAAGCGCCCCGCCGCGCCUGCGAAAGCUGUUACCCCCGUUGCGUCAGGCAGUGCACCUUUUGUCACUGCAAGUAUGGAAGCUAAAAACUCCAGGCUUGCAAAGGAUGGUUCCAAAUGGGUUAUCGAAUCUGGGCCCACCCGUAAGGAUCUGGUUGACAUGCUCCAACAUCAAAUGGAGCCCCACGUUUCGAAAGAACUUCUGAACUACCUAUUCAGCCAUGAUCACAAUGCAGUGAACGACUAUAUUACUGGUCUCGGAAUACUCGCUGAUGCUUUCGCUGAUGGAAUCUCUGGAGAUGAAAGACUAGGCUUACCGAUCGACGAUCUCAAAGCAAUGCUACUCGCAAACCAGGACCUCGCAUUGAAAUACGCAUCGUUGCGUGUGCAUGAGCCCCAGCCCAACUUGAUCGUCCGCUGUGUUGAUGUGGUGGAUCAGGUUUUGGCCUUCAUGAGUGCCGAGAAGUAUAUGAUGCCUGACAAUGAGGCUCUAGCAUUUGUACCUACCUACAUCCACAAGCUCGGCGAUGCACGAGAGGCAGUACGGAUUCGAGUGCAAGGGAUUAUUCAAAAUCUUCAGCUUGUCUUUCCGACUAGUCGUCUAUUCUCAAUACUGUUGGAACACGGUACUAGGAGCAAAGUUGCCAAGACUAGGCAAGGGACCCUUGAUGAACUGGCCAGUAUUCUCAAAAAGUCAGGAAUCCGGGCCUGUGACCCAGCAAAGGCUUUCCCUGCGAUCGCUUCCUUAAUUUCAGACAAGGAUCCUUACGUCCGCAAAUCUACUCUAACUGUCAUUGCGGAGGGAUACGUAUUGGUGGGCGACAAGAUUUGGAAGUACCUUGGCCCACUUUCUGGGAAAGAUAAGACGCAGGUUGAGGAACGAUUGCGCCGUACCACUACUCUGGCACAGCCGCCUAGUCCUGCGAAACCCGAGGUAGCACCAGUCCCCGCGAUCGCUCGCUUGACUGGCGGAGCCCCUCGCGCUGGUUCACCCGGCCCGGGCCUAAGAUAUGGGGGAAUACCCCGUCCUGCGUCGCCCGCUGUCAGCACGCGUGCAGCCAAUCCGUCAUCACCAACUCAUUCCACGCGCCCACACUCUCCGGCCGCACUGUCAACUGUCGGAAGGCCAUCAUCUCCAACUACCUCAAAGCUGCCUCAAACUUUGGGAGCUGGUCCUUCUUCUCCUGUGAGGUCUAAAGGGUUGAUGCCUCCUUCGAGGCUAUCACUUCCACGAACAAAGGGCAAUUCUUUACGUCAAACCGAUCUUGAACCCCGCCCUGAGUCCGUCGCGAAUGGCAAUCGCCCAGAAAUAGGUUCACUUCAAGGAAACGAAACGUCGUCUCUGGAAGAUGUUACCAAGAUAAUUUCGAAUAUCCUUUCGAACGACCCAGGCCGAAGUGUGGACGCGCUCAAAGCGAUACAGAAUGUCUUGGAGGUCCCAUCAGAUCAGGCACCUUUGUCAAAGGGUUUCCGUGACCUUGCAGAUCAUACCGAAGGACUCGUGGAAACGAUUGUCAUCCAAAUGAGCCAAACCUUUGAGCGCACUGAAGACGUCCAUAAUCCCGCGACCUAUCGCCUGAUGAAACACUUAAUACAGACUUGUAACGCGAUCUGUGAUCAUGCUGUCUUGCUCGAAUCGCUUUCCGUUGAUAGCCUCCAGUCACUUUUGGAGGAACUCACAAUGCGACUUUUGCAAACCGACGACACCCGUGAUCAGAAAGUCAAGGAUCUGUCUCGGUUCCUCAAUAUGGUCAUCCUACGAUUGUUUAAUACGGGAAGGAAGAUAUCUGUUCUACGCGCUCUUUUCAACCUUCUUCUGCAGCUAACCAAACCAUUCCCGGCAAACGGUACCACUGGCGAUGCCAAAGAAGCUAAGGUUGCGGAAUUGGUUUUGAAGUGUGUUUGGAAGCUCGCAAGGAAUAUCCCAACGGAUUUGCAGAAAGGCGCAAUUGAUCCUAUAGAGCUGCUCCCUGCCCUUGAAACCUUCCUCCAAACAAUCCCUCCUAACGACUGGCGGCAACGCUCGGCAAAUAAGGUCCCAUGCGGUGAUAUGCCACUGCGCACGAUUAAGGUUAUCAUCCAGCACAUUGUUGCCCACUAUGCAGACGAGGUCUAUGAACUCUUGUCAGCUGCAUUCGAUGAUCCGUCAGCCACUAUCAUUUACCCUUACGUGUUCCGCAUCCUCAACUCAGCAGAGAAGCAACUAGCUUCCGAGUCGGGACGACCAAGAUCCGGGACUAACGGUUCAACUAGAUCUGUAUCUCCGGACCGUCAACUGGCUCGGCCGCCUACGUCAUUUUAUCCGCCUACUUCGAAUGGAGCUUCCAGCAUUGCGCCAACUCACUACCAACCCGGUGCAAGGAGCAGCAGUGCGAAUAGUCGUAGCCCUUCUCUGAACGGCGGAGGAGGAUUUCAGGGACCACCAAUCGAGGAGCCCGACCCAGAUGCCAGGCUGGAUGAAAUUCUGGGCCACAUAUCGAGCGAGACUACAGGUGCGCUUCAUAAGGAGGGAAUCACUGAGCUGCAUCACUUCCUCAAAGCCCAUCCACACAAGAAGGCUAGAGUAGAUCAGCUCCUGGACCAAACUGGCCCGUCCUUCAGGAAAUACAUUUAUCGCGCAUUAGCAAGUAGAGCAGCCGAGGAUGAGGAACGAAACUCUGCUGUAGCAGAGACAUUGAACCGGCUCGAAUCAGUGCGACGGGAGCGUGACUCUGUACCGUCUUCCCCAACCAACCGGUCGAUGACCAGUUCAAGAAGGAUUAGUGGCGGUCCGGAGUAUCCCCAAGCUGAUGAAGCUCUCUCACGACUCCAUAAUAUCUUCAAUUACCAUAGUAAACCUACGAAUGGGUCACACCGGCCUACCUCCUCAGUGACCACGCUAGGCGGACACGGUAUAUAUCCUUCGCAUGACAUCAAGCCCACCACACCUCCUCCAUCCUGA